AUGCUGACAGUGUUCCGACAGUCUGUCGCCUUCACCUCAAACUCUGGAAAUCUCCAGAAGUUUAUGAACCUCGACCAGAAGGGCAAUAUCAUUGCUGAGUAUAUCUGGAUCGAUUCCGAGGGCGGCACUCGCUCCAAGUCCAGGACUCUUCCCGAGAAGGAGUACCAGCCCUCAGAGCUGCCCAUUUGGAACUUUGACGGUUCAUCCACCGGCCAGGCUCCAGGCGACAACUCAGAUGUAUACCUCAGACCAGUGGCCGUCUUCCCCGACCCUUUCCGCGGUGGCAAGAACAUUUUGGUACUCGCUGAGUGCUGGGAUGCGGAUGGCACCCCCAACAAGUACAACUACCGCCAUGAGACUGCUAAGCUGAUGGAGGCUCAUGCCGCCCAUGAGCCGUGGUUUGGGCUUGAGCAGGAGUACACUCUGCUCGAUCUCAACGACCGCCCCUAUGGCUGGCCUCAAAACGGUUUCCCUGCCCCCCAGGGUCCGUACUACUGUGGAGUUGGUGCUGGCAAGGUGGUCCAGCGUGAUAUCGUGGAGGCACAUUACCGGGCCUGCCUGUAUGCCGGGAUCAAGAUCUCGGGAACCAACGCAGAGGUGAUGCCCGCUCAGUGGGAAUUCCAGGUUGGGCCAUGCGUCGGGAUUGAAAUGGGUGACCAUCUCUGGGUUGCCAGGUACUUGCUUCACCGCAUUGCCGAAGAGUUCGGUGCCAAGGUCUCGGUACACCCGAAGCCCAUCCCCGGUGACUGGAACGGUGCCGGCCUGCACACGAACUUCUCGACCAAGGAGAUGCGUGUAGAGGGUGGCAUGAAGCACAUCGAGGAGGCGAUUGCCAAGCUCGGAACCCGACACCAAGAACACAUCGCCGUCUACGGCGAGGACAACGAGAAGCGCCUGACAGGCAGGCACGAGACCGGCGCCAUCGACCAGUUCUCAUACGGUGUCGCCAACCGCGGCGCCUCGAUUCGUAUCCCGAGAGAGUGUGCUGCGAAGGGCUACGGUUACUUUGAGGAUCGUCGCCCGGCUUCCAAUGCCGACCCUUACCAGAUUACCGGGAUCAUCAUGGAGACGAUCUUUGGUGCUGUCUAG